AUGUUCAACUAUGCUCACAUAAAUUGGACAUCAUCAAACACUGCCGGAGCACUUCAAGGCCGUGGUGGUUUGCAAAGUGCUAUGGCUGGACAGCGCUACCAUAUUCCUGGUGAAGGUCGUGUAAUCAAACUCAAAGAAUUUUCCAAUGUGGGAGUUCCUGGCCGAUGGCUAUUUCGUGUUGACGAGGAGAUCAUUCGGGGUGGAUGCAGUAAUGAGAGCAUAGCUGAUAUGAUUGUUGAUAACCGUCGAUCUCGCUCAGGCUACCUAACCACGGCUCCGAUCGCCGCGACAAUGAUUGGCGGAGUGUACGUGAACGUUUCUGGACCGUGUCUUCGUGGUGGCGAUGUUGUCAAAGUGAUCUUCGAUGAGUACCAAGUUGACUGUGUUAGGAUAGGCACGAUCGCAGAACGCACAUCAAAUGAUGGCUCGUAUGAGUUCGAUCCGAGGACAUUGGCCAGAACGUCGAUGUUGUUUGACUCGUGGAGACGCUAUUCUUUUGGAGCUGUGAGAAUUUCCAUAGCGGACACUGACGAGAGCACUGGGUGGACCGGAGCUGGGCAGGUGUGCUGCUACGAUUUCGAGGGAUGGUUGAUGCAUUCGGAUGACUAUGAGAACGCUGCACAUCUAAGAUUUUUCAGCCCCGGAACUGCUAUGAGAGCACAUCCGAUGGGUUCGUACCCAUUCAAACGUCCACCAUAUGUGCCAUCGCUGUCGAAUUUUCAUACUGAUAUCAUGGCGUACGAGAAAUGCUGCAAAUGGGCGGGCGCUUGCGAGUUCUACUUUUGGCGACGACAAACCAGUGGAUGUCAGGAAUACAUACCACCAGUGGCAGGCAUAGCUUACGGUGAUCCGCACUUCGUCACUUAUGAUGGAACUCGGUACACCUUUCAAGGGAAGGGCUAUUAUAUCCUCACGAUGAGCAAAGAUCCACGACACGAUUUUCAUGUGCAGAUUCGUAUGGAACAACCACCAAAAACGGAUUGGAAUCAAGAAGUGCACGCGUCCGUUAUCACUGGGGUGGCAGCUCGUGAGAAUCAAUCGGAUAUCGUUCAAGUAUUCGCUCGGAAGGAGUUCCGCAGAUGGCGCUACCGAAUGGAUGUUGUGGUGAAUGGACAUUACAGAUAUUUCGACACACCCGAAUUGAAAAUGCAAAGAAUGCGCCAUGCAUUCUCAAUUCUACACAGUCGUUGUGUUGUGGCAUCUGAAUUCGACAUUACCGAGAACUAUCGUGGCGCCUCCUAUCCCGAUGGUGAUGACGAUUCCUGGUUCGGACAGGCAGCGUCAGCACAGCAAGAGUUUCUCAGAUCUAUCUCGCAAUCACAGCCAUCUACGCUACAGUAUGUGGCAGGUGGUCAACGUUUCAUUACGGUCGGACUUCUUGGCACGUUCAAUGGAAAUCACUUGGAUGAUCUGAUGGCUCCAGACGGUCAUAUCACCAUAGUAAGCCAUCCACCGACUGAGCAGGACAAUAUCAACGCUUACAAAUUUGGGUCAAGAUGUGAGGUGGCCUGUCAAAACGUCUACGAAUGUGAAUAUGACUAUUUUCUGACCGGUCGCCGCGAAAUCGCUAUGAAUACGUUAGAAGUGCAAAGCAAGUUGAUUGAGCUCAAGCACAAAGGCUCGCAACGAAUGCAGUCAUGCGGAGCACUUCUGGUGGCUCCUGGAGCUGUGAAAUAUCCACCUGGAAACAAUUAA